AUUAAAUGUUAUGUUUUAAUACACACAUUUACUAUUAAGUGUCCCAAAAUGUAAUUUUCUCCUAUUGUUUACAAGAUUAAUAUUGUUACAGAAAAUGUCACAUUCCCAUAAUGUAUUUUAUUUCCAGCAGAUGGACCCACAAGCAGGAAUAUCUCAGAAGGACAUCUAAUGUUAUCCCCGGAUUGUGACAUAAAAGAUAAUGACAGCAGACAGGAUUCUCCAGGAGAUAAUCCCAUUACCCCAAUUAUACAUCCAGCUCUAUCAGCUGAUCCCUCUGAUCCUGGGAAAUGUUCUCCUGAUCACUCUGAUAUUGGUGCAUCUGUUACAGCUCUGAGAGUAGAUACAGUGUUUCCCUGUUCUAUAGAUGCCAAAUGUUUUACACAGAACACAAAGCUUAUUACCCAUCUGGCAGCUAAGGCAGGUGAGAAGCCACUGAUAUGUUCUGAGUGUGGGAAAUGUUUUACCUGCAAAUCACAACUUGUUUCACAUCAGUGCAGUCACAAAGGUCAGAAGCCAUUUCCAUGUUCUGAGUGUGGGAAAUGUUUUACAGAGAAAUCACAUCUUGUUACACAUCAGAGACGUCACACAGGUGAGAACCUAUUACCAUGUUCUGAGUGUGGGAAAUGUUUUGCCCGGAAAUCAGAACUUGUUAGACAUCAGCGAAGUCACACAGGUGAGAAGCCAUUUUCUUGCUCGGAGUGUGGGAAAUGUUUUGCCCAGAAAUCAAAUCUUGUUAUACAUCAGCGAAGUCACACAGGUGAGAAGCGAUUUUCUUGCUCGGAGUGUGGGAAAUGUUUUGCCCAGAAAUCAAAACUUGUUAUACAUCAGCGAAGUCACACGGGUGAGAAUCCAAUUUCUUGCACUGAGUGUGGGAAAUGUUUUACACGGAAAUCACAACUUGUUAAACAUCAGAGAAGUCACACAGGUGAGAAGCCAUUUGCAUGUUCUGAGUGUGGGAAAUGUUUUACAGAGAAAUCACAUCUUGUUACACAUCAGAGACGUCACACAGGUGAGAACCUAUUACCAUGUUCUGAGUGUGGGAAAUGUUUUACACUGAAAUCACAUCUUGUUACACAUCAGCGAAAUCACACUGGUGAAAAGCCAUUUCCAUGUUCUGAGUGCGGGAAAUGUUUCACCCGGAAAUCACAACUUGUUAAACAUCAGCGAAGUCACACAGGUGAGACUCCAUUUCCAUGUUCUGAGUGUGGGAAAUGUUUUACAUACAAAUCACUUCUUGUAAUACAUAAGAGAAUACAUACAGGUGAGAAACCAUAUUCCUGUUCUGAGUGUGGGAAAUGUUUUACAUACAAAUCAACUCUUGAUGCACAUAAGAGAAGUCACACAGGUAUAUCACCAUUUCCAUGUUCUGAGUGUGGGAAAUAUUUUGCACAGAAAUCACAACUUGCUAGACAUCAAAGAAUUCACACAGGUGAGAGGCCAUUUCCAUGUUCUGACUGUGGAAAAUGUUUUGCACAGAAAUCACAUCUUUUUGCACAUCAGCAAAGUCACACAGCUGAGAAGCCAUUUCCAUGUCAUGAGUGUGGGAAAUGUUUUACACACAAAUCAGAUCUGGUUAGUCAUAACAAAAGUCACACAGGUGAGAAGGCAUUUUCUUGCUCUGAGUGUGGGAAAUGUUUUGCCCGGAAAUCAGAACUUGUUAGACAUCAGCGAAGUCACACAGGUGAGAAGCCAUUUUCUUGCUCGGAGUGUGGGAAAUGUUUUGCCCAGAAAUCAAAACUUGUUAUACAUCAGCGAAGUCACACAGGUGAGAGGCCAUUUCCAUGUCCUGAGUGUGGGAAAUGUUUUGCACACAAAUCAGAUCUUGUUAGUCAUAACCGAAGUCACACGGGUGAGAAUCCAAUUUCUUGCACUGAGUGUGGGAAAUGUUUUACACGGAAAUCACAACUUGUUAAACAUCAGAGAAGUCACACAGGUGAGAAGCCAUUUGCAUGUACUGAGUGUGAGAAAUGUUUUGCACACAAAUCAGAUCUUGUUAUACAUCACAGAAGUCACACAGGUGAGAAGCCAUUUUUUUGCUCUGAGUGUGGGAAAUGUUUUACACAGAAAUCACAUCUUGUUAGACAUCAGCAAAGUCACACAGGUGAGAAUCCAUUUCCAUGCUCUGAGUGUGGGAAAGGUUUUGCACACAAAUCAGCUCUUGUUAUACAUCACAGAAAUCACACAGGUGAGAAGCCAUUUCAAUGUUCUGAGUGUGGGAAAUGUUUUACACAGAAAUCACAACUUGUUACACACCAGAGAAGACACACAGGUGAGAAGCCAUUUCCAUGUUCUGAGUGUGGGAAAUGUUUUGCACGGAAAUCACGUCUUGUUAGACAUCCGAGAAGUCACACAGGUGAGAAGCCAUUUCCAUGUUCUGAGUGUGGGAAAUGUUUUACACAGAAUUCACAACUUGUUGCACAUCAGAGAAGUCACACAGGUGAGAAGCCAUUUCCAUGUUCUGAGUGUGGGAAAUGUUUUGCACAGAAAUCAGUUCUUGUUAAACAUAACAGAAGUCACACAGGUGAGAAGCCAUAUUCAUGUUCUGAGUGUGGGAAAUGUUUUGCAUACAAAUCAGCUCUUGUUAAACAUAACAGAAGUCACACAGGUGAGAAGCCAUUUCCAUGUUCUGAGUGUGGGAAAUGUUUUGCACACAAAUCAGAUCUUGUUAUACAUCACAGAAGUCACACAGGUGAGAAGCUGUUUCCUUGCUCCGAAUGCGGGAAAUGUUGUGCAAGUAAAUCACAUCUUGUUAUACAUCACAGAAGUCACACAGGUGAGAAGCCAUUUUCUUGCUCUGAGUGCGGGAAAUGUUUUACACAAAAAUCACAUCUUGUUACACAUCACAAAAGUCACACAGGUGAGAAGCCAUUUCCAUGUUCUGAGUGUGGGAAAUGUUUUGCACAAAAAUUACAUCUUGUUAUACAUCACAGAAGUCACACAGGUGAGAAGCCAUUUUCUUGCUCUGAGUGUGGGAAAUGUUUUACACGGAAAUCACAUCUUGUUACACAUGAGAGAAGUCACACACGUGAGAAGGUAUUUUCUUGCUCUGAGUGCGCGAAAAGUUUUACCUGGAAAUCCCACUUUGUUAUACAUCAGAGAAGUCACACAGGUGAGAAGCCAUUUUCUUGCACUAAGUGUGGGAAAUGUUUUACACGGAAAUCAAAUCUUGUUACACAUUACAGAAGUCACACAGGUGAGAAGGCAUUUCCAUGUUCUGAGUGCUGGAAAUGUUUUACACGGAAAUCAUAUCUUCUUAGACAUCAGCGAACUCACACAGGUGAGAGGCCAUUUAUAUACUCUGAGAAAUAAAUCAGCUCUUGUUGCACAAAUUAGACAUCACUCAGGUGAGGAACCAUUUUAAUCUUCUGGAGUAUACUCAUCAUUGCCAUGCAUUGUUCUUCAAGGUUCUUAUCCUAUCUCCUAUGCUUUUUGCAAUAUACAUGCUACCACUGGGUGUUAGGGUCUCCUGCCCUGUACUGCCACGUCGUCAUGGCAACCGGGAGACAAGUGCUAGCGGAGUAACCUGAGCGCAGCUGAUACUCCGGUUCGGGUCUUUUGCUGU